GUGUUUUUUCCGGACAGAUUUGGCAACCUUACUGACAGAAGGAAGGUGAAAGCAGAAGUUGUGUUGUACAUGCAGUGUUUACACUUGACCGUAAGAUAUUUUCAUUUUGAAAAACUGAUCAUCAAACUGUCAUUAUGAUUUGCUGAUAUGGAAAUUUACAUGGACCUAAUGGGAAACCAAGGACAUACUGAGAACUUGUCUAGUAACUGAACAUUUUGAUCAAAGCAAGGAGCACAAAGGCACUUCCUUAUUAAUGUUUAAGUUCUGAAGAAAACGUCCCCCUCCAGAGUCCUAUAAACAUGCAGAAUUGAAACUUUCAGAACUUCUGAUCAAUACACAGUUAACUGGAGAAACAUCUGCAUCAUCAUUAUUCAUGCUUCACAAUCCAAAUAAAAUUUGAGCUCUUAGGUCCACAUGUUAAGAGUUGAAGUACUUCAGAUGUUUUCUUUUUCUUGACCUGCAGCCGUGAGUUGGUGAAGGACGAUGGCGUCUGUUAAAAAACUGCUUGUGGACUCACUGAAGGAGCUGGUAGAAGCUGACCUGAAGGAGUUUCAAUGGCACUUAGUGAAUUUAUAUCUUGAGCAUUUAUCAAGGUCUGAAUUGGAAAAGGCGGAUAGAUUUGACACAGUAGAUAAGAUGGUGGUGUGUUUUGGACCAGAAGAAGCUGUGAAGGUCAUGGUAGACAUCCUGAGAAAGAUGAUCCAAAAUGAUCUGGCUGAACAGUUGGAGAAUAAACACAAGCAAGCUCAGGCUGAGGGGAAUAUGAAGACAUCUGUCCUUGUUGGAGAGCUGCAAAACUUUUUUGAAACUCACAAAACAAACAUGAAGAAAAAAGCAGAAUAUAUUUUUGAGGGCAACAAAGAAAAUGAAGCACAACUUAAGGCUGUUUACACAGAACUGUUCAUCACAGAGGGAGAUAUGAAAGAUGUCAAUCAGGAACAUGAGAUUCUGAAGAUUGAUGAUGCUUUCAAGAACAAAAAAACACAUGACAAACCAAUCAAAUGCAAUGAUAUAUUUACUGAACUGAGGAAAAACAAUCAGGAGAAGAUUGUGCUGACCAAGGGAGUCGCUGGCAUUGGAAAAACUGUCUCUGUGCACAAGUUCAUCUUGGAUUGGGCAGAAGGAAACACCAAUCACGAUAUAGACUGUGUGUUCUUGCUUCCAUUCAGAGAUAUUAAUUUAAUGACAAAUGAAGAUUUCAGUCUCCACGAGCUUCUUCUGGAAUUUUAUCCUGAACUGAAGGACCUGGAGAAAUCAAAGCUAUAUAAGGAAUGUAAGCUAGCAUUUAUAUUUGAUGGACUUGAUGAGAGUCACCUGCCUCUAAAUUUUAAAAGUAGAUCACUGAACACUAUUGAGAAAAAAGCAUCUGUAGAUGUGCUGUUUACAAGUCUGGUCAAAGGGAAUCUGCUUCCAUCAGCUCUUGUCUGGGUGACAUCACGACCAGCAGCAGCCAAUCAGAUUCCUCCUCGGUAUGUAGGUUUGUUCACAGAGGUGCGAGGAUUCACUGACCAACAGAAGGAGGAGUACUUCAGAAAGAGAAUCGCAGAUGAGACUCUGGCCUCCAGAAUCAUCUCACACAUUAAGACGACUCGUAGUCUCUAUAUCAUGUGCCACAUUCCUGUGUUCUGCUGGAUCACAGCCACAGUACUUCAAGAUAUUCUCAUUGAGAACAAUGCAGAGAACAUCAGCACAACACUCACUGAAAUGUACAUUCACUUCCUGCUGAUACAGAUGAACAUUAAGAACCAGAAGUACGAUGAACAAGAAGAAAGAGAAUGUACAGAGCACUUACAAUUAAAUAGAGAGAUGAUUUUGAAGUUAGCCAAGCUAGCAUUUGAACAGCUGAAGAAGGAAAACAUUGUGUUCUAUAAGGAAGAUCUGAAAGCAUGUGGUAUUGAUGCGAGCAAAGACACUGAGUUCACAGGAAUGAUCGCUGAGAUCUUCAAAAGGGAACACAGACUUCAUGGAGCAAAGGUCUUCUGCUUUGUGCAUCUGAGUGUUCAAGAGUUUCUUGCUGCAGUGCAUGUGUUCAUCUGUUACCUGAACAAGAACAGGCAAGAGCUUCAGUUUUUCUAUGACAAGCCAGAAGAAAAUAUCACAUUGGAGGAUUUACUGCGGAAGGCCACUGAUAAAGCCAUGAGGAGUCAGAGAGGACAUCUGGACCUGUUCCUGCGGUUUCUGAUGGGCAUUUCACUGAACUUCAGUCAAAACCUGCUCAAAGGCCUGAUCACACACACUAAAGACACCAGUGUGUGCAUCAGAAAAAUAACUGAAUACAUUAAACUAGAACAAAACAAGUACAAUAUCUCAGAUGAAACUUCAGUCAACCUAUUCUACUGCUUACUUGAGCUCAAAGAUCAUUCAUUAUAUGAGGAAAUGCAGAGUUACCUCAGUUCAGAUAACCAUCCAGGAAGAGACCUCUCAUCUUCAAUGUGCACAGUGCUGACCUGCGUACUGCUGAUGUCAGAGAAGGUGCUGGAUGAGUUCAACCCAAAGAGGUUCACGUCGUCAUCGUCAAACUACACAAGACUCGUUCCAGCUGUAAGAUGCUGCAGAAAAGCCCUAUUUGAUGGCUGUGGUUUUGAUGAAACAUGCUGUGAAACUGUGUCUUCUGCUCUACAAUCGUCAAACUCCCAUCUGACAGAGCUGGACCUGAGUAGCAAUCACCUGCAGGAUUCAGGAGUGAAGAUGAUUUAUGAAGGACUGAAGAGUCCACACUGUCGACUGAACAUACUGAGGCUGUGUGGCUGUAAUCUCACUUCUCAGUCCUGUGAAAGUUUGUCAUUAGCUCUACAGUCCUCAAACUCUGUCCUGAGAGAGCUGAACCUGAGUAACAAUGACCUGCAGGAUUCUGGAGUGAAGCUUCUUUUCUUUGAAGCUUCUGAUGGACUGAAGAGUCCAAACUCUAAGCUGGAGAUAUUGAGAUUUUCCAUAUGUAAUCUCACUGCUCAGUCUUGUGGGAGUUUGUCAUCAGUUUUACAAUCCUCAAACUCUGUCCUGAGAGAGCUGGACCUGAGUAACAAUGACCUGCAGGAUUCUGGAGUGAAGCUUCUUUAUGAUGGACUGAAGAGUCCAAACUGUCAGCUGGAGACACUGAGGUUGUCUGGCUGUAUGGUGACAAAGGAAGGCUGUCAUUAUGUGUCUUUAGCUCUGACUUCAAACCCCUCACACCUGAGAGAGCUGGAUGUGAGCUACAAUCACCCAGGAGAUUCAGGAGUCAAGCUGCUUUCUGAAAAACUGGAGGAUCCAAACUGCUCACUGAACAAACUCAAUGUGGAUCAUGGAGGAGAAUCCAGGAUUACAACAGGACUGAAGAAAUAUGCCUGUUUUCUCACACUGGAUCCAAACACAGCAAACACUCAACUCGUUCUCUCCGAGGAGAACAGAAAGGUGACAAACGUGCUUGAGUCUCAGUCGUUUCCUGAUCAUCGAGACAGAUUUGAUGGUGUGCAUCAGGUGUUGUGUAGAGAGAGUGUGUGUGGACGCUGUUACUGGGAGAUUGAGUGGAGUGGAGAUGUGUAUAUAUCAGUGUCAUAUAAGAGCAUCAGCAGGAAGGGAGAGGGUAAAGAGUGUGUGUUUGGAAAUAAUGAUCAGUCCUGGAGUUUGAUCUGCUCUCCCUCCAGUUACUCCUAUCACAAUGGCAGACACUCGUUCAGACACAAUAACAUACAGACUGAUCUCCCUGUGAAGCCCAUCAGCAGAAGAACAGGAGUGUUUGGUAAUAUCUAUAGAAUAGGAGUGUUUGUGGAUCGCGGCACAGGAACUCUGUCCUUCUACAGCGUCUCUGACACAACGAGCCUCAUCCACACAGUCCAGACCACAUUCACUCAGCCGCUCUAUCCUGGGUUUAAUGUUUAUUGUGAAUCAUCAGUAAAACUGUGUUGAUGAAUCUGAAUAGACUGAUGAGAGAUUCUACCCAUAAUGCUUUGAGCUACAUGAUGAAUCAGUAACAUGUUAUAAAGUCUCUUUAUGACAUUAAUUCUGAAGCUCAACUUCUGUCACUGAAAUAACGGUCAGAAUAAAUGUGUCAGAAAUCCUCAUAUAGAGUAAGAUCAGUGUGUGUGUGUGUGUGUGUGUGUGUGUGUGUGCGAGUGUGUAUUCGUGUUUUUAUUGUUUUGCCUCAUCAAUCAUUUGUAUUAUUAUCAUCAAAAUGACCUUUUCAUUGAAAAGUUUAUUUAACAAACAUGAUUGAUGAAGAACAAGUAAUUAAUCUGUUGUUUUUGUACAGAAAUAAUCAAACACAAUGACAAAUCAACUUGAGAUCAGAUUUUAAUUGAUAUUUGUAUCAU